GGAGACUCAGGCUGAGGUACAGCUGUGAUGUGCGGCCUUCAGACUGUGGGGGAGCUCAGUGCAACUAAAGCUGAGGGGUUACACGUCAAAAAUAGCGGCUUUUGCUUAUUACUAGACUUCCUCUAUUAGGGACACUCAGUCCAAUCUCUCCUCAGCACCAAUGAGCAAUGUGUGUCACAGUUGACGCGUGUCAAUAAAGUUUUGUUGAGAAAAGAAAAAAAAAGUUCCCUCCCUCCCCAGUGUCAGUGAGAGAGUCAGUAGCGGCUCCCGGGACUCAGUGAGUAGAAUGGCCGGGGAUUUGCGACAGGAGCUUCUCGCUUAUCUGCACGAGCUCGACAUCCGGCCUGUGUGCGCCGAACACCCUGAGGUGUUUACGGUGGAGGAGAUGAUGCCGCACGUUCAGCACUUGGGAGGAGCUCACAGCAAGAACCUGUUCUUAAAGGACAAGAAGAAGAAAGGUUUGUGGUUGGUGUCGGUUCUACACGACAGACAAGUGAAUCUCAACGAUUUGGCCAAAAAGCUGAAUUUGGGCAGUGGGAACCUCCGGUUUGCGGAUGAGGCUUCGAUGCUGGAGAAACUGAAAGUCGGCCAAGGCUGCGCCACCCCCCUCGCCCUCUUCUGUGACAGGGGAGACGUGCAGUUUGUGCUGGACGCCCAGUUCUUGGAAGGAGAGUACGAGCGAGUUUAUUUCCAUCCCAUGACAAACGCAGCCACCCUGGGAAUGACGCCCCAAGAAUUUGUCACUUUUCUGAAAAAAACUGGACACGACCCCAUAAUUAUUCACUUUGAUUGAUAAACAAGUGUUAAUAACUCUUAAAUUGGCCAUAGACGUAGAGAUCCGCUCGCUUGGUGAUGUCAGCAAACGAGCGGAUCCCUCCCUAAAUUGACACAUUGAAGUGAGUGAUAUUGGGCUGAUCCGAUUGUGGGCCCUAGGGUCCAACGAUCGGAUCACAAUAUAUCCGAAACGGGCGAUCAGAUGGUCAGGUGACCCCACACACGGGCCAAUAAGCCACUGACUCGGUCUGUCACAGCUUUUAUCUGCCCGUGUAUGGGGGCCUUUAUACUGAACCCACAGCUGGUUAUAGACAAAUACAAGAUCCUCUGCACUCAACCCAUCAUCAAUAUAUUUAAGACAUUGAGACAUUUUGUGCCUUAAGCUGCUAAAUAAUGACUUACCCUUUAGCUGAAUAUAUAGUGGUGCCGAGCCACAAGGUCCCGACUGGAGCGUCGCCUCCUCCUUUUCAGCAUUAGUUCAGUGAAUUGGGCUUGUGUCAUACAUAGACAUAAUGUUCUGCACACCCCCUGGUCAUUCAUAAAGUAUUAGCCACAUCAAACAUAGCUUGAGGUGAGUGUCCCCCAAAUAGAUUAUUGUGUCAUCUGCGUACAAUUCUAUACGUUUUUCCCAUUGCCCAAUAUUCCAUCCCUAAAUUGUAGGGUGACGCCUAAUCUCGUAGUCCAAUUUUAAGUACAUUUUUAGUUGCUCUAUAAGCCUAUAAUUCUAUUGUUACUUUUAUUACUUAUCUUUUUGUUCAGGCCUCUCCAGUUCAUCUUCCUGGUUGCUGGGUAAAUUGGACCCUAGUAACCAGACAGUUGCCUGAAUUCCAAACUGCUGAACAAAAAGCCAAUUUUAUAGGUUAUGUACCCCUUUAAAAAAGCUGCUAAGGGUUACCAUUAUAAGGAGGGAGACAAUCAUCCCAAAAUAUCAUUGUUUUUAUUGAUUCUACUUUAUGCACUUCUACACGCGGAGCACGUUUUGUUAAUAAAUAAGUCCAAUUCCAAACUU